CUUUCUCCCUGAUUUCCCUUUGAUUUCUCUUUCUGUUUGGGGGAGGUUUCUUUUGUUGCUAUUUAUUUCUUUUCAUUUUCUUUCCCUGGCGCCCUAUGGAAUUUGGUCACUAGAGCUCAUUCCUUUUUGAUACCCUUUUCUCUUCGUGAUCGUCAUGGGGAUCUGUGUAUCCACCGCCAAAGUCUGCGGCUCAAACGGAACCAGCCCCUCCGCCCACAACCGCAAGGAAGAGCAGCCCUCCGCCGCGGCACCGAAAACGGCGACGAGCAAUGAGAAAAAAGAGUCUCAUAGGCCACCUACUAAACAUGACCAGCAACAACAGAGGAGUUCUCAGCAUCAGAAUCUCAAAGAGAAGGCUCAUUCGAGGAAACAAAGCGGGAACGUGCCCUGUGGCAAGCGUACGGAUUUUGGGUACCGUAAGGAUUUCGACACGCAUUACACGAUUGGGAAAUUGUUGGGGCACGGGCAAUUUGGUUACACCUAUGUUGCCGUAGACAAGGAAAAUGGGGAUCGUGUGGCCGUUAAGAAAAUUGAUAAAGAAAAGAUGGUUCUUCCUAUUGCGGUGGAGGAUGUCAAGCGAGAGGUCAAGAUAUUGAAGGCCCUGAAAGGCCAUGAGAAUGUUGUUCAGUUUUAUGAUGCAUUUGAGGAUGCUUCCUACGUAUACAUUGCUAUGGAGUUAUGUGAGGGUGGAGAAUUGCUGGACCGGAUAUUGGCCAAGAAGGAUAGCCGCUAUAGUGAAAAAGAUGCAGCGGUAGUUGUACGACAGAUGCUCAAAGUUGCUGCUGAGUGUCAUUUGCAUGGUUUGGUUCAUCGUGACAUGAAACCCGAGAAUUUCCUAUUUAAGUCAACCAGAGAGGACUCACCUCUGAAGGCUACAGAUUUCGGUUUGUCGGACUUUAUCAGACCCGGGAAGAGGUUUCAAGAUAUUGUUGGAAGUGCCUACUAUGUUGCUCCUGAAGUAUUAAAAAGAAGGUCGGGGCCCGAAUCAGAUGUAUGGAGUAUCGGUGUAAUUACCUACAUUUUGCUUUGUGGGAAGAGACCCUUUUGGAAUAAGACUGAGGACGGCAUAUUUAAGGAGGUUUUGAGGAGCAAGCCCGAUUUUCGUCGUAAACCAUGGCCAACAAUUAGUGACAGUGCUAAAGACUUUGUGAAGAAGUUAUUAGUGAAGGAUCCCCGGACUAGACUAACAGCUGCUCAGGCCCUAUCACAUCCAUGGGUUAGAGAAGGAGGAGAUGCAUCUGAGAUUCCUGUUGAUAUAUCUGUUCUGAGCAACAUGCGGCAAUUUGUGAAGUAUAGUCGAUUGAAGCAGUUUGCUCUGAGGGCAUUGGCUAGCACACUUAAUGAAGAGGAGAUAGCCGAUCUUCGGGAUCAGUUUGAUGCAAUCGAUGUGGAUAAGAAUGGUUCUAUUAGUCUUGAAGAGAUGAGACAGGCCCUUGCUAAAGAUGUUCCUUGGAAGAUGAAGGACUCACGUGUCCUAGAGAUUCUUCAAGCGAUUGAUUGCAACACAGACGGGCUUGUUGAUUUCACCGAGUUUGUUGCAGCAACUCUACAUGUGAAUCAAAUGGAAGAACAUGAUUCCCAGAAAUGGCAGAUGCGGUCGCAGGCAGCUUUUGAGAAAUUUGAUGUCGAUGGAGACGGAUUCAUAACUACGGAGGAGCUUCGAUUGCACACGGGAUUAAAAGGUUCCAUAGACCCUUUGCUUGAGGAGGCUGACAUCGAUAAAGAUGGAAAAAUAAGCCUCUCGGAAUUUCGCCGACUCUUACGAAAUGCAAGCAUUGGCUCACGACUUGCACCUGGAGCUUGUCCUCGACCUCGUUCUCAGAAAAAUCAGAAGCAGUAGGUUAGAAUAGAACUUUUGAGGGUGGAGAGGGAUGAGGAUGGAACGAUUUCGGGUUUAUAUUUCUCCAUGAGCUGAGCAAGGCCAAGGGGCCUCUUUUACUAUAGUUUUGGUUGAUGGCAUGUGGUCCUCCGGUUGGUUAAUUCACUGCUGACAAGAUAUUUCUGGAUAUGCGAUGGGGAUACAUACAUGGUCAUUCUUGUGUACAUUUUCACUGCUUGGGUAUUUCUUGAUUUACCCUCCAUAUCUGUAAUGUGAUUAUAGAUAAAUUUAUUAAUGGAAAACAUGGAAAUCAUGCCUCUG